GACCAUCAUCAUAUCAUUUUUCCAAUUACUCAAACUUAUUGGAUUUGCGAACAUAAUUUUUUUGUAAGAAUUUUAUCGUACAAUAAUUGUGGCAUUGGAAUCCUUUUAGUUUACACUAGAAGUUGCCACUUUAGUUAGGUGAAUGGCUGGACAUUUUUUCUAUAAUUAUAUGAUCAAUACUUCUUUGUGGCAUGAAUUCCUUUAGUUUACACUAGGACUAGGAGUUGCCACUUUUGUUAUGUUAAUGGCUUGAGACUUUUUCCAUUAUCAUAAACUAUUUUCGACCAACGUACGAGCUAUAAGCCAGUAGAAAUCUAAACCUAAAUUCAUACCUAUCCUCGCGAAUAUUAAGGGAUCUAGGCACACUUAAAACACUACACGAAAACAAUGAUAGCUGCUAAACAAUCGAAAUUGCUUCUAAACCAUCAUUUAUGUUUGAAACGAUACAAGUAUAAACACCCACUGCAGUGCUGGAUUUGAUCGAGCAGAGCGUAUAACUUAAACAACGGUCCAGCAUUACAUAGAAAAUGGAUUUAAAUGCCUCUUUUGCGAUUAAAAAUAUGUUGAAACUUGAAACAGGACCCAGGGUGCAGUUUCUUCGACAUUCAUCGUAAAUGAAUGUCCGUUAGCUUUCAAGUAGUUCGAAACAAUACCAAGAACAGGCACACACCCGAGAUCUCACAUCGAUUAUCUGAGCAGACUUACCUAAUGCCUAAAGCGAACCUUCCCCGCCGGAAUUUGUAUCUACAGCUUGCACAAACAAGGAUAGCAAAAACCCAUGAAUUCAAGAACCUAGUGACAAGUUAAGAAUUACCAAUGGGUUGGAUAAGAUUACUUCAUCAAAAAUAAAGUUUAAGUAAAGGGGGGAAAAAGAAGAAGAAGAUGUGGGUCAAAAACCAGGCCCGCUUAUCAGAGAAGAUCAAAGAGGGCAGACAUGUUGACCACUCAAUCACUCUCUGUGCACACUACCAUGCUUCCUUCAUUCUUUCAAUUUCCAGAGCAUCGGCUUAUUGUACACAGAACAGAACACAAGGAACCCAAUCAAAAUCAAACCAAAACUCAUUAUCAACCAGGCGGCAUGCUAGCCAAGAUAUAAAAAACGAAAACGACUUGACUGAAAAUCCACAAACACAGAAGAAAAUUCACAAAACAAGAAGAAGAAUGGAGGAUGGAAACCAAUCCUCCAGAUUUUGAUUCCUGAGACAACAAUGGGGUUGGGGUGCUGAUUAUAGCCAACAAUCCAUCGUUUAAAUAGCGGCAGCAAGCAACAGCGGACAGAGGGAGACCUCACAAAUGAAGCGGAGCGUUAGUUAGGGUUUCCAUCAAUUCCCUACCCCCGGAUUCUAACCAAGCUCAGCCCAGCCCACUAAUUCUGUGAAAGCCCAUUCAUACCUAAACCAAACCAACCCACUGACUGGUGGAGGACGGCCCAAGCUGUGAAAGGCGCCAAUUGCUACUUGCUAGAGAUGAAUUGAUUUUUUUUUUUUUUUUUGACUAACUAGAGAUGAAUUGAUGAGAGUAUAAGAAUGGUACCGAUUCAAUUCAAACCAGAAACAGGCAAAUUCCCGUUCCAUUCUACAUAAUCAAAACCCCCUCUUUGCUCCGAGUCAGAAAGUUCGGGCUUUCAGAAAUCAAUUUGUCCAUUUCCUCAAGCUUCCGAUUUGCGGACUCUCGAUUCAGAGUCUGUUAGCGUAGGCGAUCAUUGCAGCUGCGACAUUUCCCCCCUCUGCAUUCCGCCACCUGCCAAGCUUUUUAGCAAGAACUAGGGUUUCUGGUUCGCUCUAGCUUCCUUUGAGUCCGGUUUUCUCUUCCUGUUCGCGGACAUUUUGGGAGACGGUUUUGCUAACUUUGUUCGUCUGUCUCCUCUGCGGUUCCCCUAUCAAGCGCUCAUUCCUGGAAAAUCUUCUGUUUGCGGAUUCUGCCGGUGGACACAGCCUUCCUUGGCUUUCUGCAACCAUGCUGCAAUGGAUGGGAGGAUCGAGGAAGAAAGUGGCGACAUCAAGGAAGUCUAUAGAGAAAAGGCAAAGGCAAUACUUUGAGCAAAAAAGGCGGCAGCAGAGGCAGCAGAUGGGUGGACUAGAGAGUUUCCGCAAUGAGAAAAACAUUGGCGAGCAAAAUCAAAAGGAGCCUCGGUCUCUCGAUGUUCUCAGUUUGCUCAACUUGUCAACCAUUUCACGACAGGUGAAGCAUGCUGAUGCAAGUCCGUGUGCCAUGCCAGAAUUGUCUAAGGUCAAUGCUUCUGGAGUGCAGAGUAAUUUUCCAAAGACUGUACCUCGCAUGUUCGACGAUUCAUUUUCUCCAACUGAUUCACUAGAAAUUCGGGAAGGCCAGCAAGCACCUAUAUCACCCAAGAAGAUCUUAUUUCCUGCUCCAGAAAAUGCUCCUGAUGUUUCAAAUGGAAUUGUGGAUAAAAGUGAUUUUCAGGAGACUGCAACUCUGCAGAAGCUAUCGGUCUUUGAUUUGCUUGCUGAUGAUGGACCAAAUGCUAACAGUAGAAGUCCAGUGCAUGAAGCUCAUGUUACAUUUUCAGUUGACGGAUUGGGUUCAGUGGGAGCGGAUACAUCAGUCCAGGCACCACCACAAUCUGACAGGUAUGCCUCGUUUGGUUUCUUCAAUCCAUCAAAGCCUGUAAGACAGGACAACUUGAAGAUUCACAAUGAACUUGAGAAAGAAGUGGAAGUAAUGAUAGAAGAUGUUGACUUGCAUCCAAGUUUCAGUAACCUGGAUUUCUCAAAAAUGGACCAAUUGCAUGGAAAAUUGAAGAAAUCAUCGACUUUGAGAGACCAUGGGCAACUUGAUGGCCAUUACAGAAACAAAACUGGCUCAUACAGUGGUAAAAAUAAUCCACUCAGGAAAGCGAAUGUCGAUAUAUGGGAUGCGGCACCUACCUUAUUGGAUGAAAAUCUUGUUGAUGAAAUGGAACCUAAGAUCUCUUUGAGUAGCUUGCCACGUCGAAUGGAUAAUGAGUCUGCAAAUUUUCCAAUUUAUGGAUCCAUGGGACUGCAAGAUGACUAUUAUGAAGGUUCCUGUUUGCUUAGAAAGAAAAGAAAUCGUAUUGAAGAAGUAGAUGAAUACAAUAUUUCAGGCGAAUUUGGGUCAUUUGCUCCAAAGUACCAAGCACCAGAAUCCAAUGACAAAUUUUUACGUUUGAGAGAGGCUAGGCAGAGUCCAAUGGGAAAUGCGAAGUUUCAACCUGACUGGUCUUCCCAUAGUAUAGAAGAUCCUAGGGACAAUUUGAGCCUAUUGAGUGAAGAGUCAUCCACUGCAGCGAGUCUUGCAUCAAUGGACUCUUCACCAUCAUACUCGACUGGAAGGCCCAGCAGGAAACAAGAAAGUGCCUUUGAUGGACUUGAUACUAUGUAUGGUACCAGAAACAUUUAUGCUGAGGAGCCACAUAAGACAAAUAGGGGUAACUCUCAGAAAAGAGGAAAGGCAGAGAGACCAACGCUAUUGGUUUCAAAUAUGGGAGAUGACUUUGACCCUCUUUGCAAAGAGAAAAUAGGACCUUUCAAUGAUUGGCCAUAUGAAGAUGGAUAUAGAUCCAUGGAUACGAAUAAGGUUUCCAACCCCUGGGAUCAAGAUCUUAAUUGUACAUUUCCAUCCCAUGGACACCAUGCCAGAAGUUCUAGUAGCUCCAAGUAUGGUUGUUCUGGUGAUUAUUUGUCCUCCACAUUCCCUGAACCAUCUAGCAGCAUGAAGUUACAUGGUUCUCCAAAAUACCCAAAGGUCAAACUUCCGAAAAUGCAGCCAGAACAUUCUCUUGAUUUUGAGACUGAAGGAAGGACUCCAAAUUUCUGCAAAAAUAGUGAUUUUUUCCUUGGAGAACAAUCGUUCCCAAAACAUCAGCAAACAUACUGUAAAACUGCUGGGGCUCAAAGGAGCGUUGAAGACAUAGGUGCUCUUUCAGAUUUAGGGGAGAAUGGCCCUCGCUGCAUGGGUGGUGUGAAAGACGGAGGAACCUUGGAGACUUCAUCAUCAGCGAACAUUCCUGGAAACUCUGAUAGCAGCGUUGAUGAAAUAAAGGUUGCAAGACGACGCCAACAUGAUGAAGCUGAAGAAGUUCCUCCUGCUUGUCGAAGUGGGAAAGCAGAAGUAAAAAGAAAAACAGUGAAGAAGAUGGACAAGCAGCAUUGUAUGGUUUCUUCACCCCAGGUGAUGAUGCUUGAGAGUUAUGUUUUUCAACUUCUGAGGGUGCAGAGGGAGGCACGCUUAUCGACUCCAUGACCAGAGGAAGGUAUUAUGUACAUCCACUCUAACCAUUUUCAUUUUCCGGGCAUAUGAAGUGACAAUCAGAAAGCACCAACUGCAGCUUUCUUGCAUCUUUCUAUUACCGUUCAGUUUGCCUGGCAGCCUUCUUUUGUAGAUCACUCUGAUUCGUAUUGCAUCAGCAGACAGAGAUAUGUCUGUCAAUGGACUACUGUAAGGGAUAUCGCCGGAUUGUAUUAAUCAGUUGAGACUUCUUCAUACUUCCAGACUCACAGAAUUUGGGGCCUGCCAUCUGUUGGGUGGUGCUAAGAUUGUUAAUAGUGUUUCAUGCUAUGAGGCCUACUGAGUACUGACAAUCAUGGUAGUAAAAGGCUGUGAAUGAGAUCAUUGAACUAGGUAUACUGGCAGCACUGUUAUAUUCGUUCACCAUCUAAUUGUCCUUUAUUGAUUUUUGAACCAGAGUUAUUGAAGUACUUUGGUAUAGUACCACGAAAUCAUCCAUGGAAUUGUUAACAGGAGUGUUCUUUCUGAUGUGAACCCACGCCAACUGGAGUUUCUCUAUGUUGUUUUCUUCAAGAGAUCAUCAUCUCAUCGAAGGUUAAACAAAUUUAAGCUCUUAAUCCUCGCAGCAUGUACCGAAAGCUUGAGAAUUUGGAGUCAGUUUUAUUUGGUUUAGAAAACUAUGCUACCUUUUAUACAAUUUUGUUAAGUCAUAAAAUUAUCAAAAAGAGUCGUCGAACUCCCGAUGAGGAUGUAUUGAAUUCAUGGUUGUUACGCGAAUGGAAUGUCGGUCGGUUGAACUUGGUUUAACCGGUGCCAGUAAGGAAACUAGUGUGAAUACUAUUGGUAUUAUCGCAUGAUCAAUUUAUGACUAUUAAGCAAAAUCAUGUUGCUUUAAUGAAUUUGAUUAAUAAAAAAGUUAAAUUAUUAUUUAUUUUAUAAAUUUAAAAGUUAGAUUAUUAUCUAUUUUAUAAAUUUAAAAGUUAAACGUUGAUGUUAUUUGUUGGAUUUAUGUAUGAACAUUUAGAUAUUGACAAUAAAUGUCGUAUUUAAAUAUGAGUAUUUGUUAUUUUAUUUGAAAUGUCGUAUUUUAUUUAAAUAUGAAUGUGAAUUCCGAGUAAAUUGUUUUCAAAUAUAUUUUAUAAAUGAUUACAAUCAUUUGAUAUUAAUGGGUUCGAUGGUGCUUUUUUGCCUUCUCUUGUGUUCGGAUAGGAGCGCUAGGGGACACAGGGAGGAAGCAUGCGAAGCGUGUCAACAUUCUACGUAUUUAGUUAAAUCGGCAUGGACUAGUACAAAUGAGAUAUACCACUAGUAGAAGUUGCAUCUUGUCUCUCAGAGAGAGACAAUGCAAUAUGAUGGCCACAAUCUCAAUUGUUUCGAACUUGCUCUUUUUUAUGGUAUAUUUUUGGAAUCCCUAUAACCCAUAAAUAGGGUCAAACAUUAUUUCAUGGUAUUUACCUCUUUCUUAUUCUUAAGCGAGUCUCGCAUCAGCAUGAAUACUUUUGUUGUUUUUAAGUAGUAUUCCUUUUCUUUCUUUUUCGGUAUAUGCCGCAAAAGCACACGUAGUCGGGAGUGAGUCAGACAAUCCAAUACUUUUUUAACUGUAGAACGAGGAGUAGACUUACUUUAUUAUGAGUCAGCCUUUGAAUUAAGUUUCUCCUUCGACUGAGAAAGUUUCUCUUAUGAAAAAAUUCGUCAUCAUGUCAUCCAAAAAACCAUUCCACUUGCUAAACAGCCACAACAUUAGAAAACCGGUUUGACAAUCUUGGUUGAAUUAGACACCACAUACCAACUAUGAAGGCUUAUGAGUAACAGUCUGAUUCAGGCUUAAUUGUAUACUUUUUACCCCCGGUUUCCUUCGUCAUUUAAGGCAUUUUUACUUCGGGAGUUUGGUUUUAUGCUGGGUUUUGUCUGGUUUUACUCCGGAGUCGAAAGUUUGACGAAAAUGCGCAAAAUCGGGUCAAAUGAUGGAGGCAGUAGCAGGUCACGAUGAACUGGAGCUGCAAACUGUGAACCGCUAGGCGUCUAGAGCCUUUUGGUUCUCAAUGUACUCAAGCCAGUUCACGGUCGUAAGACCGCGAACCCAAGCUAGAGACCAUGAACUGAGUUAGUGAUGCGACAUGUGUUGGCCCGAGAUCACGGUCCCCGCCUUGAGUUCACAGCUGUGAACUAGGACCGUGAUUUGAGCCCAACCUGGGUAUAAAAGGGGGUUUGAGCUGAAGGAAAAGGGAGGAGACCUUGAGUGAGAAAACCUUCUUCUUCAGCAUUCUAGAGAGAGAAAGUGACGAGCAAGAAGAGGGAAGAAGCUAGGGUUUCAUUCGAAGGCAAGGAUUUGGGAAACUCUUCCCCAAAGGAAGAUCUCUUCUACACAAGAAAGGAUUCAAACAUCUCCAUGAUGGUUUUUAUUCUUUCUCCUUGUGUUUUCCCCUCUCAUAGCAUGGAGUAGUUUCCCUUUUCACUUGGGUGUUUGUGCACCCUAACUUCUACCAUGUGAUUGAUUGUAUGGAAUGAUUGUCUAUGUGUGAGUGUGUUUUAAUACGAAUUUGGAGGUAUUUUCAUGUAAGAUUGUGUUGUGUGUCUGCCUAUCAAUCUAUUUGUCAUUCUAACCUAGGUAGAGAGAAAACCCUCUUUUGUUAAAGAGGCUUGUUAAGCUUGGUUUUCUUAGGCAAAUCAUGUAUCCUAUCUAGGUUAAUGUAGGGCAUCCCUCCUUGUUUGUGUUGGCACCUAGGGGUUGAUUGUGUUUUGGCCUUCCGAAUUACUAUUUGAGAGGUAAGGUUUGGUAGUCCUUAGUCGAUUAGGCCAAGAGAGCUACCUUGGUAGCUUAAUCCGAAUUCCUUGACCUAGGGACUGGGAGAGUGAUGUUCCAUCUCUAGUUACACUUCACUUACAGUUCUCAAUCACCUCCACCAUACAUUUUCAGUCAUUCCGACAAGUCAUGGUAGCGAGUUAGGGGGAGCUACACCCGGGUGAAUCCUAUCAUUUAAGAGUCCAAACCACUUACUUUUACAAUUGCUUUAAUAGUAGAUCGUAGUUUUCAAUCAAACAAUCGAAGUAGGGGUACAUGGACCGACUCGGGUUGAUAUUUAAACAAACUUUCACUAUAUUGCACCCAAUUAAGGUUUAUACUUGGGCCUUGCUUGGGAGUUUUAUUGUGAUAUUCGAGACGAGUCAGGUUUUUGGCGCCUUUGUCGGGGAACAAACGGUCCGUUAUUUUGAAAAGAUUGUUUGGUGUUAAUCUAGCUUUUACUUUUCGAUGUUGUGUUUGUGAAUCUUGCUUGUGUUAGAAGAGUUGUGGUUCUUUGGAGUGUGUGCAGGGAGGUGUAAGACUCGGAGUGUGUGCAGGGAGGCGUAAAGAGUAUGAUUGGGGUUUGACGAGAAGUGGCAAGAGAAGCACCACAAGAGAAGGGCAAAGUGUAGGAGCGAGUCCUCCACUUGAAGCUAAGAUUGAUCGGUUGAUUGUUGCACUCCUAGAGGACAAGAAGCAUGGGAAGAGGCCGGCAAUGGCGUGUGAUUGGUGUUCAAGUACCAACCACGCAAUUUUGGGGUGUCAAAUGAUGAAGGAGUGGAGCACCCCUGAGGAGCAAGUGAGUUUCAUCCCCAAUGCUAGGGGGAACAACCCCUAUAGCAACACUUACAACCCUAGGUGGAGAAAUCAUCCCAAUUUCUCUUGGUCCUCUCCUACCAACCCAAGACCACCCGGUUUCCAAAGACCGACGGGAAAUUAUCAACCAAGGCCUACUUUCAUUCAACAAAGGCCGCAAUUCCAAGGCUCUAACUUCCAACAACCUUUCCAAGCUCAAGGUGGUCAAGGGUUCCAACAACCAAUAAGUUUGCAAAACUUGAAGACCUAAUGACCACCUUCGUGAGCACGAGCACUCAAAAGUUUGAGAAGAUUGAGCAAUUUAUGGAUGUGGCAAAAAUAAAGUUUACUUCGGUCGACUUCGGUCGAGGCGGGAUUGAGCAGGCAUCAAGAAAGCCCUCAAAACUUGGAGGUGCAAAUUGGUAAUCUUGUCGGGAUCCUCACCGAGAGACCAAGGGGAGCCCUACCCUCUCAAACUAUUUCCAACUCCAAAGAUCAAAAUGUCGGUUGCAAUGCUAUUCUUUUGAUGAGUGGAAAGGUGACCCUGGAGGUUGUUCCUAAGGAAGUGGCCAAAGAAGAGAAGACCCCUCCAACCAAUGAUUAAGAAGAAGUGGUAGGAAAGGAAGAAGAGCUUAAGAAGGCAUUGCCAAUGCCACCACAAGUGGCUAAGUACAAGCCUCCUUUUCCUUUCCCCAUGAGGAUUCACAAGGACCGAUUGGAGGCGGAAUGUGGUGGAUUCAUAGAGAUGCUCAAGAAACUCCGCAUCACCAUUCCGUUCUUGGAGGCAUGGUGCACAUGCCGAGUUACACCAAAUACCUCAAGGGGAUUCUCGCCAAGAAGCCAAAAUAUGAAGACCUCGCCAAUGUCACCUUAGGCGAGGAGUGCUCCGCAUUCAUCCUCAACAAGUUGCCUAAAAAGCAUCAGGAUCCAUGUAGUUUUACUAUACCUCUUUGCAUCGGAAAUCAUCAUAUAGAAAACUCCUUGGCGUACUUAGGAGCAAGCAUUAAUGUGAUGCAUUACAAUCUUUUUAGAAAGUUGCAUUUGGGUGAAUUGAAGACCACUAGGCUUAGUGUCACAUUGGCUGGUCGCUCUGUUAUUAGUCCUAGAGGUAUUGUGGAGGACGUCCUAGUAAGAGUUGGCAAAUUCUAUUAUCUGAUGGAUUUUGUUAUCCUUGAUAUCAGUGAAGAUUCGGAUAUGCCACUCAUACUAGGGCGCCCAUUCCUUGCCACCGCGAAGACCUUACUCGAUGAUAAGGGUAAGGCGAAAGUGUCGGGCCAGGAAUGCCACCCUAUGGAGCUUAAGUUGGGAGGUGACAAAACUCGCCCCGAGAUCGUGGCAGAUCCACUCUCGGUGGCUUCGUGCUCUCAAGCAUGAUAGAUCCGCAACGUCGAGCUAUUGACGUUAAACUAGUGCUUGUCGGGAGGCAACCCAAUGAUAGUAUGUUUUAUUUUCCUUAUUUUCCCUUUUUGUGUUUGUGUGAAGAGUUCAAGUCUUAGAAUGGGCAUCUCAGUGCUGGGUCUGUGUGUUUGCGAGUUUUGGGAUGUGUUGUGAUUGAAUUAGGGUCACGUUGAGUAGAUCGAGUCAAAAUUUCUGGAAAUGCUCUGUUUUCACUCAGUUCACGGUUUUUGCCUUUAGUUCACGGUCUUAGCGACCGUGAUAAAAGGUUGGAGACCGUGAACGAGGGCAUAUCUAGCAGUAUUUGAAACUCACUAUUUCACAUGAGUUCACGAUCUGGGAGUUAUGUUCACGGUCUUAGAGACCGUGAACUGAGGCCUCCGUUCGUUUACUACGGGUUCGGCCUAUAAAAGGGGCGUCAACCCCUAAUCUUUACAUCACGCCGCCACCUCGCCGGAAUCCUCUGUUUUCACAGGAAAAUCGUGAUUUCUUGCCAUUUUCCGUCGACUUCAGCGACUUCCAGCCAUCCAUUUUCAAAACCAAACGCAAACCCAUUCUCCUCACUUCCGGGUGCACCUUCGCCAGAAAUUUGGGGGGAUUUGGAGCACAUUUUUUCCGGUGAGGCGAUUUCCGGCUAGCUUUCGGCGAGCCUCUCCGGCUGUUUUUUCUAGGGGUGGGCAACGGGACGGGAUACCCGUCCCGUUUUAAACGGGUACCCAGUCCGAUUUGGAGACCAAAGUCCAUCCCAUAUCCCAAACCCAUAUGGGAAACGGGUACCCAUUACCCGUACGGGACGGAUAACGAGUACCCAUACUACCCAUAAAUACCCAAAGUUUAAAUGACAUUUUACCUAAAGACAAUUAGUCAAUUACAUCCAAAGCAUUCAUUUCAAAACACAAAAUGGCUGCACAAGUAGCAACUUACACCAAUUCCUACAACCCAAAGACACAAGACAGAGACAGACCUUUCCAAAUUCCAGAGAAGCUGCCGCCUGCCGUCGCGUGUCUCGCGUCUUCUAGGGCCUAGGGGUGCGUCAGCGUCUCAACUCUCACGGGCUGAAUUAAAUGGAUUUUGUAAUUUUAAUGGAUUUUGAAUUGGGUUGGGCCUGGGCGCAUGGGCUGAAUUAUAUGUCUGUGUAGUUUGAAUGGGUACAACGGGUACCCAUAUUACCCAAACGGGUAUUCGCGGGUAACCCGCGGGUACCCAUAUUAGGACUGUACAAUCCCAAGUCCCAUCCGUUUAAAAUAUUACGGGUAAUAUGGGUACCCGUAACCCUUAAAUAAUGGGACGGGUACGGGUAUACCCAAAUACCUGUUUCUCAUUGCCCACCCCUAGUUUUUUCUGGCAUUUUCCGACUCCCUCACCCUCUCCUUACCCUUCCCUUCGAUUCUACUUGAGUCAUAAGGUGUGCUUUCAACUUUUAACUUGUAAAUUUGUGGAGAAUCGGAUUAAGGUUGGAGGUGGGGGAAUUUGUGAAUUAGUAAAUGAAUGUUGAAAUUGGGCGAGAGGAAUGUCAUAUUGGGUUGAUUGAAUGUUGCAUGAAGUGUUGAUUAAGUUAGUUGAGCCUUGGUGGGAAGAAUUUGGCAUGAUUUUGUGGUUUGGAUUGAGCAUUCCCACCAAGUGCAGUAUAUUGAUAAUGACUUGAUACACUUGUUUGCAUGAUGAUUGAGAGCCAUUGAGGCAUGGUUUGGGUUGUUGUUUUCAUUUGGCCGAACCAUGAUUCACCCAGAACCUUGUCUCAAUGAGUUUAAUUAGUGCUUGAGCUUAAUUUUUUGAAAUCCGAUCUUGUGAAACGCAUUCGAAAUAAUAGAACCUUAGUGGAAUCCUAAGUGUGUGGUGGGGGGAUCUUUUCUCCCCUUUGAUGUGAUAUUGACAGAUAUUUUCACGUAUGGUGUAUGUCUUGGAUGUUUUGCAGGAUGGUAGAUGCGGAUCACGAGUACGUUCACUACCUGGUGAAACAUGAGAAAUAUGGUACCAAGUUCCAGUAGUGGAGGUACAGCGAGGCAGGGCCUCAUUAGGUGUUGGACCUGGACAUGUUCAUGUGUCGGGCGGCAAUGUCGGGGGUCCUCAGUCAUCCCCAGUGGCGUCUUCUCCUGGCAAUUGACGAGCUCAUCUACUGCGAGCUCUAUGUGGAGUUCUACUCCACUUUUUCCCACGUCAUCCCAGGGAGAAAGCGCAACCACCCAUACGUGGAGCUCAUGUUGGGGGGUGAGCAGCGGGUACUGUCUUACGAUGGCUUUGCCCAGGCCAUGGGUUCGACCCCACACACAUGACCAUGACAGAGAGGUAUUACACAACAGACUUCCACUACCAGGAAACUUUCCAGUCCAUUUGUCGUCCAGAGCACUACAAUGACGAGUUCAAGGGCUCCAACACCAAUGCAAUGAAGCUUCGGACGCCAUGGAGGCACCUGCACGCAGUUUUGACGAAGUCUAUCAUCCCUAGUCUGAUGUUGGGCCACAUAAUAACUGACAGAGGGUUGAUAGCCCUCCAUUCCUUGAACCGAUGAUAAGCCGUUAAUUGCACAUGUUUUUACCCCAAUUCUGGAGCCGUUUGAGGUGUUGAUUCUCGUGUUUUAGGCCGAUUUCACGCUAGGUUGUGUUUGUUUGUGAUAUUUCAGGUCCUAGCCAGUGAAUGAAGGUUUAGAAGCGAGUUCGGGGUCGAUUGGACGAAGAUCGGGCGCGAGGCAAGUCACAAAGGAAGCCACACGGGCACACUCACAACUCACACGGCCAUGCAAGUGACCAAGGAGGCCGUGUGGAAUUGUGCGAGCCUUCACACGGGCACAAGUAAAAUCCACACGGCCGUGUGAAGCUGCAGUUUGGCCGUGUGGAAUUCUGCGAGGCUUCACACGGCCAGGCUGGGUGAGCUACACGACCGUGUGACCCUGGCCGUGUAGGAAGCCUGAAAUCCAAUUACUCGGAACGCGGCGUUUUGACCUCACACGGGCAACUGGGUAUGCCACACGGCCGUGUGGCCUGCCCGUGUGAGUCGGGAAUUUCUGGUUUUUACCCAAUUUCGGGCUGCAAGUGAGAGAAUCGGAUUUUCAGAGCAAAAACAGAGCCCUAGAGAGAGAAAGUACGAAGAACACAUCCUAGAAGCCAUCUUGGAGCUGGGUUUCAUCAAAUCGAGCUUGGAGAUCGUCAUAGGAGUGGAAAUCAUCAUCCCAGAGCAGAUUCUUCCCAUUGUUAUGAGUAUGAAUGCUUUGUAUUCUGUUUUCCUCUCUCUCUCUAUGGAGUAGAACCCUUCUCUCACUUGGGUAUGAAGAACCCUAGUUCCAUGUGUUAGUGAUUUGAUUGUAAUGACUUGGGAUGAUAUUACUGCUUGGUUAUAAUCGAAUGAUGCAUGUUUAUUGAAUUGAUUGAAGUCUGAUCAGCUUUUCUUGAUUUCUGCUGCAACCUGAGAUAGAUAGAAUCUGAUUAGGUUGUUAGAGCUUCAUCAUUCGGUAGUAGGAGAUUGGCUAUACGAGAGUUAGCCAGUUUACUGCUUUGUACUGGAAUCCAAUUCCGGUAGUGGAGUUCUGUGCUUAUUGCUUCAGCUUUCUAUCCCGGUGAAGACUAGUCGUCUGCCGGGUAGUUAGACUGAGAGGGCUUGGUCAGCUUAAGAGAUUCCAAGCUACUGUCGUAUCUUCCGCAGUCUAAUCAACAGUAAAUCAACCCAGGGAAAAUACAAUUGAAACCUUACUAAGGAGCUAGGGGGACUCAUUCCCGAGUGACUCUUCUUUGCUUGAGAAAACCGUACCAAUUCCUGCUUUCUUUCUACUUUUGCUUAAAACAACAAACACUUGACUUAGUUGGCUAGAUAAUAGAUACUCACGGAGUAAGCAGUAGAUCUAGACCACGGGUUGAUAAUAGAACUUGCCAUUUUACUGCAUUCCCGGACUGCGAUUACACUUGGUCGUAGUUUGGUGUUGUGUUUUGGCGUGUCAACCGCCCAGCAAAACCACUCCAUUUGGUAUCAGUGGUUGCCACCACCUUCGCCAGAUGUCAAGGGCGGGAUCGAGUUGAUACGAUGCAUUUGAGGGGCCUCAUCACGAGGCUAGCCCGACACUUCGGGGUUGACCCGACAAGGUUCUCCAUCAUCAGUCGGACUGAGCCACUUUCAGUGGAGAUGCUCUACAACAUGAAGCUGGUGCUCCUAGGAGAGUGAGGGAUUGAAUUCCUCGAGGGUAUUCGACCUUCGGCUGCUCUACGGCCAUAGGUCGAAACCUGCUCCAGUGGAGCCUGAUCCAGAGGUCCCUCCACCAGAGCAGCCCCCUACCAGAGCUCUAGGACGCUUCCGGCGCACCACACCAUCACCAUCAGCAGCAUCAUCAUUUGGAGUUGGUACUUCCUCUUCCGGAGGCCACCUCGAGCAGCGAGUGGAUCGCCUCCAGGAGCAGUUUGUGGGAGUCACCACUAGGCUCGACCAAUCCAUUGACCUCCUCGAGAGGAUUACUCGACGCCAGGGCAUCCUUUUGGACGACGAGGUAGCCGACGAGUGAGACAUGUGGCAGAGCCGAUUUCUUUCACCCCAAUUCUCCACUUGAAACUCUGAACUCUGUUUAUUUUUAUUUUUUCUUUCUUUAGUGUGUAAGUAUUAUUUUGUAAGUUUUUCUUUCCUUUGAAUCGUGAUGUGGAACUUUGUUAUGUGUAAUAAACUCGCCUCGAGCAAGAAUGUGCGUGUGUUUGUGUUUUGUUUUGUCUUCUCUUUGAAGCUCAAACAUCCUACCCUGGGAAAUUGUCCAACUUUCAUUCACCAAGCUAUGUGGUAACAUUGUUCUACCCCCCUAUUUUACGCCAUUGAGGACAAUGUCGAGCUUAAGUGUGGGGGGUAGUUUAUUAUUAUGCUUGUGUGUGAUUGAAUGCUUGGAGCUUGAUGCAUGCCCAAAUUUGAAAAUUUUGAGGGCUCUAAGAAAUGCAUGAUCAAAAUGGUUGGUUCAUGGGUGAAUCUCGUGUUUAUUUGGCAUUGAUCUUGAAUUAUUGCAUGUGCUCGAGCGCAUCCGAUUAUGAUGACUGAGAGUUCAUUAGGUGUGUGCAAAAGCUUAGUUCUCAUGUGUGCUUAAAUGAAUGGAUGUCUUGACUUGGUUACUCUUUGAUCACAAUUGCCUUGCAUAGAAGUUCAUGAAAUUGGAAAAGAUGAUUGGGUGGCUAGGUAGCCAUGUGAGAUUUUUGUUGGUCGUCUUUUUCAUGUGUGAUAGAUCCCACUCGCCAUGUGUGUAACAUUCACCGUUGUCACUACUGAGUAUGAUGGAGGCAUAGGAUUAGUCCAUGCCCAAAAGUUGAUUGUCCUGAAACAUUUUAUCCCUUAGUCAACCCCUUUGAGUCGUGUGACUUUAGGGUCUUUCUAAUGUUAGGAACUUUGUACUUGUUGAGCUUAAUGGUGAUUGAGAGAACGACCCUCAUCCUACCUUCGUGUCAAAGUGUGUGUAUAUUCUGUUAAAGAAAGCCCUUCGCGCAAAUUGCUUUGAAUGGGUAAAUCAAUCAUUUGGCCUUGUGGAUCCGACAUUAAUCCUCUCAUACCUACUAAUUGGUGUACUUGAGAUGCAUUUCCCCUAGCUCCAGAAAAAGACAUUAUAUGAACUGGAUUAAAAGGUUCCGUCAUCCUAAAAUUAGGAUUCAUUUCUUGUCGCAAAUAUUCACUUGUAGCAUACCAUAUCUCAAUGGACUGGCGUAAUUUUUCUACCGCGUGUACAUUUCCGUUAUGAUGGUGUUUUUCCAAAAUCAAACUUUGUUGUUCAGCAUCGUGGACUAGCCAUCCCUUAGAAGGUAUUGUUAAAAGAUCAUCAAUUCCUAAUGAAAUGGAUGUAGCAGUGGCUUGCUGGAACCCCAGAGUCUUUACUUGAUCCAGGAUGUGUGAUGUAUAUGCCAUUCCGAAGUGAUCUAUUAAUCGGCUAAUAAGGCGUUUAAUGGCAGUUCCAUCUAUCACUUUAUUGUGAAAGACCAGAUUGGCCCGUUCGGCCAUAAGUACCUCCAUAUUCGGCUGAGUGGGGUUUGACAAUGGAUUUGAGUCAAUGCUUGGAAAACUUCCUUUUCUCGAUCUUGAUUCGCAUAGAAAUUCAGGAAUUUCAGAACUAUGGUCCUAGCCGAACCGAGGAGAUCAGAAUUCACACCGGUCUGCUAAAAUUACUUAACAUAGAUCUCUAUGAUUGGAUUAGGUACCAUCUGAACAGGCUUGGCAAAACCCCUGUAUAGCUUCUUCAAUUUCUCGAUAAAGACAAAUAUGACCAAUAGUGGUUCGGAUGUAUAUACAAACAAUUUCUUUUUUUAUAUUUCCUACUAUUAGAUAGUGCCCAUAAAUCUCAUAAUAAGUACCCAAAUAAUCAUAGUGAACUUCCCUAGGAGCUUCACUUGAAACAAUAACGCGUUGAUCUAGUUGCCACCGGAGCCAUAAAGGACUAUCUAGUUUGAUUCUUUUCUGCUGAUAAGCUCCAAUUGCAUCAUAGGAAUUACAUAACAAUGGUUCUUUCGUAUACUUAUUGUUAUUCGUGAGAAUUCGUUCAUUUUGAGAAUUUCUGCGAUUACACGGAUUAUACCUAUUUGCACCAAUCCCUCGACGAUUCCCGCUUGUUAAUAUAUAGAGCCCAAUAAGCAUAUCUUGAGUUGGUAUUGAAAUGGGAUCUCCAAUAGCUGGAGACAAGAGAUUCAUAUGAGAAAACAUAAGUAAACGAGCCUCCGCUUGAGCCUCCAGCGAUAAAGGUACAUGAACAGCCAUUUGAUCCCCAUCAAAGUCCGCAUUGAAUCCCUUACAAACUAAUGGAUGUAAACAAAUAGCACGCCCUUCCACUAAAAUAGGUUGGAAUGCCUGUAUACCUAAUCUAUGUAGAGUAGGCGCUCUAUUCAGCAAUAUAGGAUGUCCCCGCAUAACUUCCUGAAGUAUUUCCCAUACAAUUGGCACUUUUUCUCGAAUUUUACUCUUAGCAACUCCUAUGUUCGAAGCAAGACGUUGUCUAAUUAGACCACGAAUUACAAAUGUCUGAAAAAGCUCGAUUGCUAUUUCACGAGGCAAUCCACAUUGAUGUAAUGAAAGUGAGGGACCCACGACAAUUACGGAACGCCCCGAAUAAUCAACCCGUUUGCCG